AUGUGGUCAAUUUUUGAGAAGGUUUUAUGGGUUUCUGAGAAGAAGGACAAUGAAAUAGCAUUAGUAGCCAAAACUAUUUUCUACAAUGUAGAAAUAUCGGGCUUCAAGCGAAUGAUUCCAAUUUUGGUGGAACAGCCUCCUCACCCAACCCACUUUUCUCUUAUUGGUGACAAAGGAACUGGAGUGACCAGGAAUACAGUGACAUAUAAUGAUGUGCAUAUUGAUAUCACUCAUGAAGAAUGGGCAUUGUUGGAUCUGGCACAGAGGAAUCUCUACAAAGAUGUGAUGCUGGAGACCUAUAUGAACCUCACUGCUAUAGGCUACAAUUGGGAAGAUCUUGAAGUUGAAGAACAUUGUCAAAAUUCUCAAAAACAUGGAAGGCAUGAAAGAAGUCAUUCUACAGAGAAAUCAUCUGAACAUACUCAGUGUGGUGAAGCCUUUUUAAAUCACAAUCAUCCUCCAAGGCUUGAAAGAACACAUACUGGAGAGCAACCCUAUGAAUACAAUCAAUAUGGUAAAGCCUUUGCACAAGACAGUCAUCUUAAAAAGCAUGAAACAACACAUACUGUUAAAAAACCUUAUGGAUGUAAUCAAUGUGGUAAAGCCUUUGCUUAUCACAGUGCUCUUAAAUUGCAUGAAAGAACACAUACUGGAGAGAAACCAUAUGCAUGUAAUCAGUGUGGUAAAGCUUUUGCUUAUCAUAGUACUCUUCAAAGGCAUGAAAUAACACAUACUGGAGAGAAACCCUAUGAAUGUAAUCAGUGUGGGAAAGCCUUUGCUCGACACAAUAAUCUUCAAGGGCAUGAAAGAACACAUACUGGAGAGAAACCCUAUAAAUGUAAACAAUGUGGGAAAGCCUUUGCUUAUCACAGUACUCUUCAAAGUCAUGAAAGAACACAUAUGGGAGAAAAACCCUAUGAAUGUAAUCAGUGUAAGAAAGCCUUUUUUCUUCACAGUCAUCUUCAAAGGCAUGAAAGAACACAUACUGGAGAGAAACCCUAUGAAUGUAAUUGGUGUGGUAAAGCCUUUGCUCAUAAGAGUACUCUUCAAUCGCAUGAAAGAACACAUACUGGAGAGAAACCCUAUGAAUGUAAUCAGUGUGGGAAAGCCUUUGCUCAUUAUAGUAAUCUUCAAGGGCAUCAAAGAACACAUACUGGAGAGAAACCCUAUGAAUGUAAACAAUGUGGGAAAGCCUUUCCUAAUCACAAUGCUCUUCAAAGGCAUGAAAGAACACAUACUGGAGAGAAACCAUAUGAAUGUAAUCAGUGUGGUAAAGCCUUUGCACAGGUCAGUCAUCUUCAAGUACAUAAAAGAACACAUACUGGAGAGAAACCCUAUGAAUGUAAUCAAUGUGGGAAAGCCUUUGUUAGUUACAGUAAUCUUCAAAUGCAUAAAAGAACACAUACUGGAGAGAAACCAUAUUUAUGUGAUCAGUGUGGUAAAGCUUUUGCUUAUCGCAGUAAUCUUCGAAAGCAUGAAAGAACACAUACUGGAGAGAAACCCUAUGAAUGUAACCAGUGUGGCAAAGCCUUUGUUUGUCACACUGCUCUUCAGUUGCAUGAAAGAACACAUACUGGAGAGAAACCCUAUGAAUGUAAUCAAUGUGGUAAAGCCUUUGCUUAUCACAAUGCUCUUAAAUUGCAUAAAAGAACACAUACUGGAGAGAAAACGUGUUUAUGUGAUCAGUGUGGUAAAGCUUUUGCUCAUCACAAUCAUCUUCAAAGGCAUGAAAGAACACAUACUGGAGAGAAGCCCUUUGAUUGUAAUAAGUGUGAAAGGCAUAGUUCUGGGUGGUGGUGGUGGUGGCGGCGGCGGCAGCGGCAGAGGCGGCAGCGACGGCAGCAGCCGCAGCCACAGUCGCAGCCACAGCCGCAGCCACAGCAGCAGCCGCAGCAGCAGCAGCAGCCGCAGAAACUGCUGCAGCCACAGCAACCGCCGCAGCAGCAGCAACCGCCACCACCGCCACUGUCUGAACUUGCCACAUCUGUUCCUCUGGAUCUUGUGUCAGCCUUCUUCCAGUCAGCCAUGUCAGCACUGGAGACAGGAUCUCACAUCUGUGGCUUAGGAGAGUCGUCUCACUCGAGGGUCUGA